AUGCACGUGAAGGCUUUGGAGCAGAAGUUCUUGAGGGAGGACUUGAAUUACCACGACCCAGCAGUCAAGCACAGCACCUUCCAUGGAGAGGACAAGCUCAUCAGUGUGGAAGAUCUUUGGAAGGCCUGGAAAACAUCUGAAGUGUAUAACUGGACGGUGGACGAGGUGGUUCAGUGGCUCAUCACCUACGUGGAGCUGCCCCAGUACGAGGAGACCUUCCGAAAGCUGCAGCUGAGCGGCCACGCCAUGCCCAGGCUGGCAGUGAACAAUGCCACCAUGAUGGGCACUGUGCUCAAGAUGACCGACCGCAGCCACCGGCAGAAGCUGCAGCUCAAGGCCCUGGACACGGUGCUCUUCGGGCCCCCCCUCCUGACCCGACACAACCACCUGAAGGAUUUCAUGCUGGUGGUGUCCAUCGUCAUCGGGGUGGGCGGCUGCUGGUUCGCCUACAUCCAGAACCGCUACUCCAAGGAGCACAUGAAGAAGAUGAUGAAGGACCUGGAGGGUCUCCACAGAGCUGAGCAGUCUCUCCACGACCUUCAGGAGCGGCUGCAGAAGGCACAGGAGGAGCAUCGCUCCGUGGAGGUGGAGAAGGUGCACCUGGAGAAGAAGCUGCAGGACGAGAUCAGCAUGGCCAAGCAGGAGGCCCACCGGCUGCGGGAGCUGCGCGAGGGCACCGAGAACGAGCUCAGCCGGCAGAAAUACGCCGAGCAGGAGCUGGAGCAGGUCCGCAUGGCGCUGAAGAACGCGGAGAAGGAGCUGGAGUCCCACUGCAGCUGGGCUGCCCCCGAGGCCCUGCAGAAGUGGCUCCAGCUGACCCACGAGGUGGAGGUCCAGUACUACAACAUCAAGAAGCAGAACGCGGAGAAGCAGCUGCUGGUGGCCAAGGAAGGGGCUGAGAAGAUCAAGAAGAAGCGGAACACGCUGUUUGGGACGUUCCACGUCGCUCACAGCUCCUCCCUGGACGACGUGGAUCACAAGAUCUUAACUGCAAACUGGGUUUUAAAUGCCCAAAGGCCAAAGUUGGUUGUUCAGGACGCAGCCUGGCUUUUCGGGCGCCGCUUCAGCGACCGCUCCUCGCUGUCCUCGGAGGAUCAGUCCCUCUGGAAAUACCCUGCUCCUGCCCUGCCCAGCACGGUCCGGCAGCGCCUGGUGGACGCCCAGCACGGCCACGGAUCGCAGAGAUGGACUCUACCCCCGACCUGCCCCCUCCUGAUGUCACCUCUGGAGUUCGCUGUCGCACUGGGAGCUUUGGGUAUAUUUGCUGUUUCUUUUCUAGCUGCCUCCUGCCUGCUGGGCCUCGGAGCUGCCGCUUGCCCGGGUGCUCUUUCUGCCACAUUCCUCCCGCCCUUUCCCUCUGGGCCUUUAUUUCAUGGUUUAUCCGCCUGUUUGUUCCUCCCACCGCUCUCCCGAGCCCCUGGAGCCUCCGAGGAGUGUUCCAUGGGCCAUCCCCACGCCCAGGAGCUCAGUGGGGGCGUUCCCAAGGCGCUGUGCUGUUGUUCCACUGUAGCUGAGCAAAUGAGAAUUCCCGGGCACUGGGUUAUCCCAAAACGAGUGAGGUUCCACCUCUGAGGAGGCACCACAACUGAGCAUCAAACCCCGGCCUGGUUUGAAGCCUGGACUUGUUUGGGGUCUUCACAAGCAAAUUGCAAAGGGAACAUGGCAGGUGGGACCGUGAGGUUGUGUUUGUGAAAUUGGGGAUGGUUGUAGGAGGUGGUGAAGCAGCAGCUCAGGAAUGUGUUCCAGAGUGACUCUGGCUUGGCAGGGAAGAGGAAUGGGUGUGUUUUGGCCAAGGAAUGUCUGAGGAGGCAGUUGGAGCUUCUGUUGCUGGAUCACUGGCUUAGCUUGGUCCCUCUGAGUUGGCUCUUUGGAGACCUGGAGGAUGCCAGGGACUGGUUGUCCUGCACACCCCUGAACCCCUGAGCUCUCCUGAUUCACCUGCUGGUGUGAGGGAGGUGCAGGAGUCCUGUCUGAUUGAACUGGGCUGCUCCAACAGCCAGGUCAGGAAUGUUCUGGGCCCCAAGCAGAGGGUCCCGUUCCUCGGGUGGCUUUGGUCUGAGCAGGGCCCAGGAGCUCCUUGUCCCACAGGGUCAUGGAUGCAGCAGCUCCAGGUGCUGUGCCUGCAGUGCUGGAUCCCCAGCUCAGGAGCAGUGGGAUGUGUGCUCGUGUCUCAGGGUGUCCCAGCACUCAGGGCAGGCGGUGGGAGGGCUGUGAUGGACCAUCAGGGGAUUGUCCUGUCCUGUCCUCCUGCCCUCCAGGGGCUGCCUGUGACCCUGGACAGGCCAUUCCAAUUCCAUUCCAGGCUUUCUCCUUGGCAAACUUAAAAACAGUCUCCUAAUCCUCAGUGGGGAGCAGAGUGCUGGGAGAAGGCUGGAAUUCUCUGGGUGAGGCAGUGGGCAGAGGAAAUGUCCAUCCACAUUAUUUAUCCAGGCAGGACAACAUUCCCAGUCAUCAGAUCUUCGUCCAUCCCAGCACGUUGUCCCCUUAUCUCCCUCUGCCCUCAGGUGCUGGGAUCUCUCCUGACCUUGUUCACACAGUCUCUGCUCUGGAUGUUCCACCUGCUCCCUGAGUUGUGUCUCAAAGCUGAGGAGCCCCAGGCAGAUGCUGGAGUCUGGAAUACUGAGGGGGAAACUCCUGCACCCACUCCACGAUGGAGAGUUAAAGAGCAGCAUCAGUUAAUUCAUAAAUGUUUGUUUGGGGAGGAUGAGAAGCAGCAUAAUUAAACUCUGGAUUAAUCCCUGCUGGUGGGAGCUCAGUCACAGUGUCCGAGUUAGACUGGUAAGAGCUGGGAAUGCUGCUGGUCCCUGUUGCCAUCAGCUCCCUGGCUCUGCAGAAGGGAGGGCUCAUCCCAGCAGCCUUGGGGCUGAUGACCUGUCCAAAAGAGG